AUGUUACCUCAGCAGAUUAUCUUUACUCGCCGUUCCUUCUCUUCACCUUUCCUUCAAUCUAUCCGUGCUGCGCACAAUUCAACGACAUUGGGUAUUGUAACCCUUCUGGCCCCUUCAAGCUUCAUUCUCGUCGCUGGUUGCCCUUCGUCAGACUCGCUGUCGACGGCCAACUCCUUCCCCUUCCCUUUACCAGUAAAACGCGCAGCUAUCGGGUUAGCGUUUCUUCGCAUCCGCUUCCAGCGUUUUUCCUCAGCUUUUGCGCUUGAGACUUCGUGGACUUUGCGCUUCAAUGCGGCUCGUUUAGCUGCUGCGACUUGCUACCAGCAGUGGUUUACCAAGCUUCGCAACACCACUUCACAUUUGUAG